UAAUCUAGUUUGGUUAGGAUUUGCCGAAAUGAAUGAAGACCUAAUCGGGAAAAAGAAAGACCAAAGCACGUUAUUUGUAUCGUCACCUUCAAUUCCGUUUCUCAGAUGAAUACAAAAUCUUAAAAUACAAAAAAAAUGAGGAUUAAUUCUGGCAGCCGGUGUUGCAUGUCACCUCUGCAUCGCACUUCACCUUACCGCUCCAUUUCCGUUACACCAAAUUGCAAGCCCUUUCUCCCCCGCUACGCUCCGAGCCUAAGCCUCAUUUUGGUUCGGUCCCAAACCUCCGGUUCGGAAGGGUUUGCUUCUCCCAACGUACCGUCAUCUUCGUCUGCCAUCGAUUUUCUCACUCUCUGCCACAGACUCAAGACCACCAAGAGGAAAGGAUGGGUUAAUCACGGGAUUAAGGGUGCUGAGUCCAUAGCUGACCAUAUGUACCGCAUGGCUUUGAUGUCCUUAAUUGCUUCUGAUCUUCCUGGACUCUGUAGAGAAAGAUGUAUUAAAAUAGCUUUGGUGCAUGAUAUUGCAGAAGCUAUUGUUGGAGAUAUAACACCAUCGGAUGGUGUACCUAAGGCUGAAAAAAGCCGAAUGGAGGAAGAAGCUUUAAACAAAAUGUGUGAAGUUCUUGGUGGAGGGAUGAGAGCUGACGAGAUCAAAGAACUGUGGGCGGAGUAUGAAAACAAUUCUUCUUUAGAGGCUAAUGUUGUUAAAGAUUUUGACAAGGUUGAAAUGAUUCUACAAGCUCUGGAAUAUGAAAUGGAGCAUGGAAAAGUAUUAGAUGAAUUUUUCGUUUCAACUGCAGGCAAGUUUCAAACUGAAUUAGGUAAGAGUUGGGCAGCCGAAAUCAUUUCAAGAAGAAAAUCCUUAACAGCAAAAAGGUUAAGUUGAUAUAAUGGCUAAAAAUGGUUCAGUGUGGCUCAUCCUGGUUGGAGAGAUUUGAAGGACUUGUCGCAGUAUUUUGUUGCAUAUCUUUUAUAUAAAAUAGAAUUUUUCAUGUGUUAAAUAUGACAUAUUUAUUGAAUAUACUUAAGUUGGAAUGCCUUUUUUUUUUUAAUUUUAAAUAAAUGUUUUUUAACCAA